UCUAGGGUUUCCUAUCGCCACCUUUCCUACUAUACAUAUAUCAUCUUCUUCUCUAUUCCUUUCCUUCAGUAUAUAAGCAGACGCGUUCUAGCUUCCUUUCUUCUAUAAUAGCAUAGCAUAUAAGAAAAUCAAUUUGAAAUCCUUAGGUUUAUUUAUUUAUUUAUUUAUAAAUCUGGUAUCUGGUUUUCUAUUAUCACUAGUCGAUUAGGGUUUUGUUUCGUUUAGUUAGAUCUGAUUAAUCGAUCUUGUUCAGUUAGAAAUCGUUGAAAAAUAAUUUUUUCUCCGUGAUUUGAUUUGAAGCGAAAUAAAUUUAAGAUAUGAAGCGAUCCAGGAAAUCGAACAGGGUAACGUGGGCACCAGGUCUUAAUCUUUGUCAGGUAAAGCUAUUUCUAGUCGAGGACUGUCCUUCAAAAGUUGGCACGCAAACUCAGGAUCAUCUGCAAAAGAAGGGCUCAUGCAUGUUGCAUCAUUUGCCUGGUAAGGAAAUUAGUGACCUUCCCCCUGGGUUUGGAGACAGUCAUUUGAAUCAUUUGAAAGAGAAAUCAUCCAACAUUCCUAGGAUUGCAUGGAAGUGUCCUCCCAAAGUGGUUCUGAGUCACAACUGGCAUGUUGCAGCUGGUGAAGAAAGUACUGAGGCUGAGGCUCAAAAAGUCAGGGAAAUAAGAGUGCUUGAAGCUGUUUUUCCACGUCAGUCAGCCAUUCCUCCUAGUCCCUCUAUUUCAUUGGACGUAGAAGAGGAAUUUUACAAUGAUAACUUCACUCCAAGGAUCCCGGUCACUCCUAUUGAAGAAGGGGUGGUUGUAGAUUUACCAUCUGAUUUAUCAGCACCUCUGAACACCUUGUCAAACCCCCAGUUGCCAGCAUUUCCUCGGGAUCUUGUAUCAGUCCCAAACUCUGCUGAACGUGACACCCCUGUUCUAGAACCACCUGCAAGUGAAAAACCCAAGCUUGGAGUAUUACCUGAUCUGGGUGCUGAUGUAGUAACGGCUGCUUCUGCUGCUGUAACUGCAAUUAUGAAAAGCAUGGAGAAGGGAAGCUUGAUUGAUACUGGUCUGCUUGUUAAAAUAUUGAAUGACCCAGAAAUGAUUGACAAACUGAUUAAUGGUCGUGAAGCACCACUCAGUAUGACCAGGACACCCAUGCUUGUUUCGAAGCCAGUAACCAAGUCAAUUCUCCCAUCCUGUCCAAAACCUAAUGUGACUUUCGCAACAUCUACUGAUGGAAACUUCCAUUUUUUACCUAUUGGGUCGCAACCUCCAUCAAAACCAGUGGCAACAUCAGUCUUCCCUUCCUGUCACAAAUCUACCAUGCUUUCAGUGCCAAUGCCUGCCAAUGGAAGUUUGCAACCCCCAACUGGAGAGGUGCAGCCAACAGUAACUAGGCUGCCACCACAACCUGACACGAAUCCAAUUCCUGGAUCAAAGCCAACUGCCUCAAUAUCAUUAGCCAGACAGCAAUCCGUCAAUAUAUCCAUACCUAAGCCAGCAGUCUCAAACAUGUAUACAAAGCCUGAUCAGGUGCAAUCUACGGUGAGUAGUAUCCCUGCCCAACUAGCUCCGAAAUCAUUCGCUGAAUUGAAACCCAACCCAAACCCAAUCUACGGUGGUACUCUUCAAGCUAAUGCAGUGUCCACGAAAACCAACCCUGUAAAGGAUAUCAACUACAUUAAGGACCUGAUUAGGGAACAUGGAUCUGACAAGCAUAACGAACAUAUGUCGUAUAACGGACCUCAUGCUACUAAUCACAUACUAAUAAAGGAAUUCGGACAAAAUAACUUGAGACCCAAGUUUCAGAAGCCUUGCAUGUAUUAUAGAAGUCCAAAAGGAUGCCGGAAUGGCUCCAAUUGUCCCUAUCAACAUGAUUUGUCAUUCCAGUUUCAAACCGGUGGCAACUUGGAGGCCCCAUACGCUAAGAGAAUGAAAUUAGAUGGGGAAAUUACUGGGAGGACGUAAAUCAAGUUUGGCCUGCUUUUUAACUUUGGCAAGAUAGUGUAAAUGGUAGGGGGUUUCUGGACAACGUUUUUCUGUAGGUUUUGUACAUACGUGGGGAAAGAGAAGAAAAAAAAAACAAAAAAGAGAUAGAAUUGGUAGCUUUGAAACUCGUUUUUUAUUUUUGAGAAUUUUUAAUUCAAGGGUUAAAAGUUUAAUGGAA